AUCAUUUUUUUUGCCAUGUCGACAUCCGGAACCCUGACUAGUUACUACGUCGAUUCCCUCAUUCUACCCGAGAGCGAGGAGCUCUCUGUGCCGAGAUACCCCUCCGCUGCCGGGCUCCAGCACGCAAGGCAGACCACUUCCAUCAGCGACCACAGCGAGCUUGGGACUUGUACCUUCCCGUCCAAACCGACGGUAUUCGGCCCGCCAUGGAGCCACGUCCCGGCUCAAUUCCCAGGCACCGUCUCGUCUGUGUACCAUCACCACUAUGGGCAUCCCCAAGGCCCAGUUGGUGCAGAUACAGACGGCCGCUAUCAGUCAUGGUUGUUGGAGCCCAUGUCCGGUUCCCUGCCAAUGACCGGAUUACCGACGACCCAUCACUACGGAAUCAAACCAGAGGGUCUGGGGACGCGAGCUGAAGGCGCGCUGCCCGGCUCCCACACGGCACUGCUGCUCUCUGAUUACGCCAACGGGACCGUGGCGACGGCAUCACCAGUGGAAAAGGACGCACUGUCCGGCCAGACAGGGGACAUAAGCGGGGAGGGCGAAGAGAAACCGGGCCUUGAUCCAAAUAACCCCGUGUCCAACUGGCUCCACGCGAGUGCCACGAGAAAAAAACGCUGUCCGUACACCAAGCACCAGAUCCUGGAGCUGGAGAAAGAAUUCCUCUUUAACACCUACCUGACCAGAGACCGUAGGUACGAGGUGGCGAGGCAGUUAAACCUCACCGAGAGACAGGUUAAAAUCUGGUUCCAGAAUCGGAGGAUGAAGAUGAAGAAGUUUAAUAAAGACGGUGCACCGAAAGACGAGUGAUUGAACCGUAGAUAUACAG